AUGUCAAAUAUCGACGUUUCCAUUAUUGCCGGAUCCUGUUUCCUUGAUACCUCUUUCAAUGAAAAUCGUUUAUGGAUGGGUAUUUUGGAACCUGGUUCAAGAUGGAUCAUAUAUGGGCGCGUUUCAGUCACGUACAUUCUGGGCGAUGGUGCCCUCAUUUUCGGGGCUGGACUGCAUCCCAACGAGCUUCAAAGUUUCGACGUCUAUUCCCCAUCCACACAUACACCAUUGGAUCUUUCAGUUUCCUUGGGAUCAAAAAGUCUUGACAAAUUUCCAUUGGACGAACUGAAGUCUCGACUUUCCAAAGUUUUCGGUCCAGAUUCGGAAAGUUUUCUACUUCCUAUCAUCGAGGCGUUAAUAAGCGCGACCGAUAAAAUAUCACCAAUGUCUUCGUUCUUCCUAUUUAAGCCGUUACCUUCACGUGUCUGUGAUUCAAUUGAGGAAGUCAGACAUGCAAAACCCCUUAAAAUAUUGUUGUGUGGCCCAAAAAAUGUUGGCAAGUCGACAUACAUGCGCUACUUAGUCAAUCGUUUGGUGACUUCUACGACAAAGGAGGCAGUCGCCGUACUAGAUUGUGAUGUCGGUCAAACUGAGUUUACGCCUGCAGGAAUGAUGAGCCUUUCUCUGAUAAGUAAACCAUUACUAGGUCCCCCAUUUACUCACCCCCUUGGGACAGCUUCGCGAAGAUGCUUCUUCGGCGAUCUGACACCAUCAACCAAUCCAACUUUCUACGUACAGUGCUUGCGAUACGUCUUUGACGCCUAUAAACAGUUUGAGUCACUUAACUGUCCCUUGUUAAUUAACACAAUGGGUUGGACACAAGGUUAG